GGAUUAGGGCGCGCGCGGGAAAGAUCCCUUCAGACAGCGGAGACUAAGAGCGAGACAACAAGCAAACUCCUAGCACUGCGAGCCACAUCCCAGCAUAUACUGACCAGGACAGCAAGGUAACUCCCAGCACUGCGAGCCACAUCCCAGCAUAUACUGACCAGGACAGCAAGGUAACUCCCAACACUGCGAGCCACAUCCCAGCAUAUACUGACCAGGACAGCAAGGUAACUCCCAGCGCUGCGAGCCACAUCCCAGCAUAUACUGACCAGGACAGCAAGGUAACUCCCAACACUGCGAGCCACAUCCCAGCAUAUACUGACCAGGACAGCAAGGUAACUCCCAGCGCUGCGAGCCACAUCCCAGCAUAUACUGACCAGGACAGCAAGGUAACUCCCAACACUGCGAGCCACAUCCCAGCAUAUACUGACCAGGACAGCAAGGUAACUCCCAACACUGCGAGCCACAUCCCAGCAUAUACUGACCAGGACAGCAAGGUAACUCCCAGCGCUGCGAGCCACAUCCCAGCAUAUACUGACCAGGACAGCAAGGUAACUCCCAGCGCUGCGAGCCACAUCCCAGCAUAUACUGACCAGGACAGCAAGGUAACUCCCAGCGCUGCGAGCCACAUCCCAGCAUAUACUGACCAGGACAGCAAGAAUGAAGGUUGUUACAUGUGAGAUUGCGUGGCACAACAGAGAGCCAGUGUACAGCGUAGACUUCCAGCAUGGCACUGACAAAGUGAACAGAAUGGCCUCUGCAGGCGUUGACACAGCAGUACGAUUGUGGAAAAUAGAUAAAGAGAUGGAUGGUAAAGCAGUGGUCGAGUUUCUAGCCAGCCUCGUUCGGCAUACCAAAGCUGUCAAUGUGGUUCGAUUUUCCCCAAAUGGAGAAUUCUUGGCUUCUGGAGGUGACGAUGCUGCAAUAUUAUUAUGGAAAAUUAAUGAAAAUAAAGAACCAGAGCCAACUCCUUUUCAAGAGGAUAAUGAGGGUGAACUUAACAAGGAGAACUGGAGUGUGGUAAAAACACUGAGGGGACACUUGGAAGACGUGUAUGAUAUCUGCUGGACACAAGACAGUAACUUUUUGGCAUCAGCAUCUGUGGAUAAUACAGCAAUUAUGUGGGAUGUCAAUAAAGGUCAGAAGAUCUCUAUAUUUAAUGAACACAAAAGCUAUGUACAGGGGAUAACCUGGGACCCAUUGGGGCAGUAUAUUGCCACUCUAAGCUGUGAUCGUGUUAUGAGAGUCUAUAGAACAGAGACCAAGCGCGUGGCGUAUAAUGUUAGCAAGAUGGCCUCAACAGCACAACCAGAAGGGGAGUUUAAAAGUUAUCGGAUAUUUCAUGAUGACAGCAUGAAGUCAUUUUUCAGGAGACCAACAUUUACACCUGAUGGUUCCUUGCUCCUUACACCAGCUGGCUGUGUGGAAUCUGGAGACGCCUUGGUUAACACCACAUAUGUUUUCUCAAGGAAAAGCCUCAAGAGGCCAAUUGCUCACCUUCCCUGCCCAGCAAAGGCCACCCUUGCUGUCCGUUGUUGUCCAGUCUUUUUUGAGCUGAGGCAAACAGUGAAAGAUGACUCUGAACAGACAUCGGCGCCACCUCCAGGUCUUAUUAAUCAGCCGUACCGCAUGGUGUUUGCGGUGGCCUCAGAAGACGCAGUGCUUUUUUAUGACACGCAACAGCUGUUCCCCUUUGCAUACGUAUCAGGCAUUCAUUAUCAUACGCUGAGUGACCUUUCAUGGUCCAAGGAUGGGACCUUCCUAUCCAUAUCGUCCACAGAUGGCUACUGCUCUUUUGUUACCUUUGAUGAGGGGGAACUUGGGAUUCCUUUAAAAGAAAAACCAGCGCUGGUUCUGAAGACUCCAGCAAUGGAAAAGAAGUUGAAGAAAAAAGUGAAAAGGUUAUCUUCUCCUGCUGUUGUACGUCCAACAGAAACGACUCCAACAAGCAAGCCAGCAGAGCAGUCCAAUCCUUCCACUCCUAUUGCUAUUAAACCUACAGCUCCAUCUGCUAGUAAAGAACUGGUGUCCACUCCGGUUAGUAUUAAAAUUAUCCCCUCCACUCCCACGUCUGACGACAAGAAGAAUGGACAAGGCAGCAGAGCAGCACCACCCAGGAGGAUUGUUCUUAAUACUCUGGAAGCCUGGAGCAAACCUACAAACAAACCUACCACCCCCUCCCCAAGGAGAAUCAGCCUAAUUUCUGUGAAGUCAAACGUUACCAAUCCCAAACCAAACAGUCCUACUACAAAAUCUCCUCCAGCGGGAGAUGCCGCUGUUGAAAGUAAUUUAUCUGGCGAUGAAAAAAGUUGUAAACCUCCAGAAUCGAAACGUAAAAGGUCUACAUCCCCUUGUCUUCCUGUUGACGAAAGUGGAGACUGUUCUGGGAAAGCAGUAACCACUGGGCAAUAAUACAUAAUUGACUAACUUGUCUGCUUCCUAUCUAGAUCUUUCUGAUUUAAUGCAGACACUGCUCCAUGGUGUUGUAUUGCCACCGUUCUUCUUUCAGGAGAUAGCUAGAGAUUGUCCUCCAAUACCAGGAGAGCCUGUCAGGUGCCUUUCUUACAUGUGAGUCUCCAAUGAUUUGGUCAUCACACCGAUUUGGAAUAUAAAGGUUACAUAACCAAGUUAAAUGUUUUACUGUUUACAUAUCCUCUGCUGAUAUUGUUUUACUCAAGUCUUUGCGUGCAAUAUUGCCUGCUUGGAAACGGAGAGUGUAUGCCCUUCUGCCAAUAACCUUAUGUUCAACACAAGAGGAAGAUUAGCAUUAUCCAAGGACACAGGAUAUUUGGGCUCUUUACUUGUAAAAUCACUGGCAAAUAACCAGAGACAGGACUGAAAAACACUUUUACCAUUUUAUCUCCAUUCUUGUACACUGCCCAGUGACACAUUUUAUUAUAUAUGUAUAAUUUUUCAGUCUCCUUAUAUAAUAUUUUGCACCAUCUUUCCCUUGUCUUUUUGUCCAGGUAUGGGAGUGGGUAAGGUUAUUGACUAACUUAGAGCCAGCAUAUCAUAGUUCUCUGUCUCUGUGUAGGAUUACGUAGCCUAUUGGAUACCUGGGUUGUAUUUCAUUUUUUGGAAUCUUGUCACCCAACAAGCUGUUUCAGAGUCUGAAAUCCAUUCAUU